CCGGAACCGCCUGUAUCAUACAGCACGCCAGCAGCUUGUCGGUCUCAUUGAGUCAUUCUUCACAUGUGCAGUUUGUGAAGAAAAUGGAGAAGGUAGAGCUACUUGAUCCCUCUGAAUUGUAUCGUCCAGAGAAAGUCCACAUGGAGAAGCAGGCGCUAAGAAAUUACAAUCACGAGUCUACACCGCAGAGAGUGAAAAACACAUACUAUACUAUGCACACAAACCAGUGUGUCGACUUUGUAAAGGCAAAGGUGGCGGAGUACAGUAGAUUCGAUAAGGGCGAGAUGUCCGUAAUGGAGGCACUGGACAAACUCAACUCUGUGAUUGAUGAAAGCGACCCGGACGUAGAAUUUCCGAACAUAUAUCACGCGUACCAGACAGCGGAGCGCGUUCGAGAGAAACAUCCAGAUAAAGAUUGGUUCCAACUCACUGGCCUGAUUCAUGAUCUCGGCAAACUGCUGGCAGUUUAUGGAGAGCCCCAGUGGUCCGUUGUUGGCGACACGUUUCCUGUGGGCUGUGCCAUAGUGCCAUCUAUUGUGUUUGGUGCUGACAGCUUCAAAGAGAAUCCAGACACUAAAAACCCAAAAUACAACACUCGUCUAGGAAUUUAUAAAGAAAACUGUGGGCUGGAACGUGUGCAGAUGUCAUGGGGCCAUGAUGAAUACCUGUACCAAGUGCUAAAGGAGAACAAGUGCGCCCUGCCAGAGGAAGCGCUGUACGCAGUGCGCUACCACUCCUUUUAUCCGUGGCACAGCGGCGGCGACUACAAGUACCUGUGCAGUAACCAUGAUGCGGAGAUGCUCGAAUGGAUAGUUGAAUUCAACCAGUUCGACUUGUACUCAAAGACAGACGACAUUCCCGAUAUCGAGAAACUGAGGCCUUACUAUCAAACCCUCGUUGACACGUACUGCCCUGGAAAACUUCGCUGGUAAAACCGCCCCGGGAAUCUGCAGGAACAGAGAUUUAGAAUUGGAUGGUAAACUGGCUUAUCUCGUUCACUAUCCCUAUACUGGUCACUUUCAGGGAAUAUAGAGUGGAACUUGCAGAACUGGCAUAUCAAAAUGCUAAAAGAGUUUUUAAGUGGCAAAUAGCUCAUUUAAAUUGUACAAACUCUGUUGAUCGGGUCAACACGUCCUGGCGAAUUCUUCUGAAGCUACAUGAGAACCAUGCACUGAGACUCACUAUUUAUCCCGCUUUUGCAUUAUAUAACUUUAAUUUGUGCAAUUUGGUGCCUACUAAAGUGACUGUUUUCAGAUAUUGUAAGAUUUUUUUUGCUGUGCGCGAGA